UAAUCGCUUUCCACUUCGUUUGGAAGUAUCGCCAAUCAGGGCGAAGAUGCGCACUGGAGAUGCGCGAAGAACAAAAACUGGUCUUUUCACAGUUAUGGACUCUGGUGAACUGCGGUAUAGACAUAGACACUGGAUCUGAUCGUUACCAUCGAUACAAGAUGAUGUGGCCAGUGUUGAGCAGAAUAGUAACUAAAUUUCCAACUGUACGAAUAAUCUUAGCCCUACCUCUUGGCAUUCUUGGAUAUUUUAUAGAAGGGCUAAUAUCCAAUCGAUACACACCCUCGACUAAAUCAGUGACGGAGCAACGCGAAGAAAGGUUAUUGGACGAUAUAGAUUCGACAACCGACAAAAAACGCCACAAUCCAUUGGAAUUUAAUCUUCCUCCUUCAUUGUCCGUAUAAUUUAAGUAGUAUUUAAGCCGAGAUUAGAACGAAACGUGUUGCCAGAAGAUAUAGCCCCUAAGUGUUGGAAUAUAAUUCGAGACAUGUAUUUCAAAUGUAUAAACGUUGAUUGUAGACCAACUUAGUAUCACAUUAUUAUAAUAAUGUUUUUAUCAAAGAUCAGUCGACGACCUGCUUCCCAAUAGCUUGAUUUAAGCUACAACUCCAAACUUAUAGACAACUGUAUGGAGAUAAAUUUGCCCAGGUUCGAGAAUGCUAUUUGGGAAGUUUUCCUGUAAACAGUUAUAUAAAAAAGAUAUGAAUUGAAUAGAAAAUAAUGACGAAUUCUCAACUCUUUCAAAUCCGAAACAAAGAGUAGAAAGCAAUUUGAUCGCACACGUAUUGAUACUUACAUGAUGGACAGCGUCCGGAUAGUUUUGCGUUUCUAAACAAAACGCUGCAUGUUUAAAAUACGCGCUUCCGUUUUUGCCUUGAACACCCACGGUACCCGGUGCGGGUAGAAAAUUAGCCGUGUAAAACUGUACACCUGGUUGAUUCGAGAAAACCUCCAAGCGUCUGCCAGAAGUCGGAUGUUCAACUUUGGCUACCAGAUUCUUUUCAUUCGAAUUAGCGUUCGUUACGCAAAAAUUGUAAUCGUAACCACCAGCCGGUAAUUUAUCGAUCACAUCUCCAAGCGUAGUCGAGUUUCUAAGAUCCAUGAGGGAACCUUCGACCGAUCGAAUUUCGCCGGUUGGAAUGCUUUCAGCAUCAGUGACCGUCCAACGAUCCGCAUUCAAGGUGAAUCGAUGUUUGUGCAGUUCGCUCGAAUUAGUAUUCUGAAAUGAAAUCACGAUCAGAAAAUAAUGCGUACGAGUGUCAAUGAAAUUCUUCGUCCUUCUGUUAAAUAUUUGGCACGAAGGUAAAGAGACGGAUAAACAGGCGUGUUUACGAACAUGGCCAGCCAAAUUGAAGUAACUAUGAUUAGUCAAGUUGACAGGCGUUGGUUUAGUAACGAAAGCUUUCAUCUCGAUGCGGAAUUCUCCAUCGGUGGUUAGCUGGAAGGUAACCGAGGCUAUGGCAGCACCGGGAUAACCUUCGUCGCCGUCCUCGGACAACAAGGAAAGCACCAGACGGUCGCCUUGGAUCGUAGCGUUCCAUAUUUUCGAAUUCCAACCCUUGAAACCACCGUGAAGGCUGUUCUCUCCUGCGUUCUUAGCUAAACGAUAUAUCUUUCCGUUCAGAACGAACUCUGCCCCUCCUAUACGGUUCGCGACUCUUCCUACGGUCGCACCAAAGUACGGGUUGUCUUUUGACAAGUAUCCUGAGAAAAAAAAAGAAAAUAGCUGAAUUAGCAUGCGGGUAAAUAAACGAAGAUGUUUGCUUAAUUCGAUUGGGUGUCAAAGAACGGAAAGCGCAAAGGCCAUUGUUUAGAAAAAAAAUCAAACGAUACCUUCUAUGUUAUCAUAGCCCAGAACAACGUCUGCGAU